AUAUCAAAAUUCACAAUCCGCCCAUACAAAGUUCUUUACCACCACAAUCUCAGCAUUCAAAUUCGUUUGAAAAGCGGUCCCGCCCAGCGCAGCGCUGCCACUGCAACCGUGCAAGCUUCGGUCAACCCAAUCACCGACGGACUGCCAGUGCUUUUGGAGGUGUUGGAUAUAAUAGCAAGCAAAAUUUACCACAUCUUCAUCAUUUAUAUGGCAAGGAAAAGAGGUAGAAAACCUGUAAAGCAAGUUGCCUCGUCACCGGGGAACGAUUUCAACCUUGCUGAUGAAAAGGAGCCCCAGAUUGAGAAGCAAGAAGCUCAAUUCACAGACCUAGAUGUUGACCGACAAAUAUCAGCCAUUAGGGCUAUGCGUGAUGUGGAGAUAGAACAUCUGUUGACUAAAUUGCGUUUGCUUCGCUCCUAUUUCACCAAGGAACAGCUGCAAACCCCUUUAUUGCAAUUUUUUAAACACAACUAUCAAAACCUGUCUAUUGUAACAUCUGGAGAAAAUGGAAUGAUGGAAGUCCAAUGGCUUGAAAAAGACGGAAAUGUGUCCAUGAAUGAUGGAAUAGAUUUAUAUGAGACUCUUUUUCGUCGGUUGUCCAUGGCUUAUUCUGGUUGCUCAGCUGCAAUCCCGUCUUUAGGUGGCUUUGAGUUUUCUAGUAAUGCAGCGAGAACAAGCAUUCUGGGAGCUGAUAAUCUUCAGACCAGGGACUUUGUUUCAGAGGAGCCAUAUAAUUCUCUGAUGCUAGGGAAGCAAGAUACUCUCCAAACUCCUGGGGUUAGUAGCCAAAGGCUGUCCAUUGGGAUGACACCCAAAACGGUAAGGUUCCCAAAGCCUGGGGAGAUGCUCGUAUCUGUCCAUGGCUCACCUCUUGGUGUUUACAAGGAAGACAACAUGGAAGCAAUACAUGAGUCGGAAGAGGGAUGACUGGCUUCAAAUUGCUCAAGUAGUGAAUCAUUAUUCAAGACUCUGCAUUACUUGUCAAUCUAAGGUUCUUUAGUUUACUUUCUAGCGUGUGCUAACAAUCACUAUUGUAAUACCUCGUGAGAGCGUGAGCCUUUGGUCUUUGAUCAAAGGUGUUGACUAGGGAAUCAUUUUAAUUUGUGUAGUGAGUUGGAAGUUGUUCGACUGACAAGCCUAGCAAAAAGGUUUGGUGGAAUAAAUCAAAUAUGUCUA